CUGCUGUCGGUUAGAAGUGCGUGUAAAUUACCUCGCAGCCUCGUGGUUGUGGAUUAGCGGUGACACCAAGCCUGACUUUCGGUUGUGGGCUGGCGGUGACGUCACAUCUGACUUCCGGUUGUGGCUUAGCAGUGACGUAAUGUCUGUCUUCCGGUGUGGCUUAGCGGUGACGUCAUGGCUGACUUUCGGUUGUGGGCUGGCGGUGACGUCAUGUCUGACUUCCCCCACACAGGCCGCAAACACCGACGCAAGCGCCAGGAGACCCCCGGAGAGUGACGGGCCUGUUGAAAAGCGAGCAAAGCGAGCCCGGGACGGGGGCGGCCGCGGUGACUCGGCGCCGGGGAGCCCCGAGUCAAGGAAAUGUCUGAGGACCAGGAUUGUUUUAAAGUCUCUGGAAAAAUUGAAAGAAUUCUGCCGCGAUUCUGCCCUUCCUCAAAAUCAAGUCCAGAGAGAGCCUCUUCAGGAGAGAUUUGCAGUUCUGCCAAAAUGUACUGAUUUCGACGAUAUCAGUCUUCUGCGUGCAAAGAAUGCAGUUUCUUCCCAAGAGUCCAGAUCUCAAACUAGUCAGAAGGACAAGACACUUUCUGAUCUCAGUCAUUUUGGAUCACCACAUGGGAGUUGUGAAAACUUACAGAAAAUCCCUGAUUCUAAACCACCUAACAAAAGAACCAAAAGCAUCUACACGCCAUUAGAAUUACAGUACAUAGAAAUGAAGCAGCAGCAGAAAGAUGCAAUUCUGUGUGUGGAAUGUGGAUAUAAGUAUAGAUUCUUUGGGGAAGAUGCAGAGAUUGCAGCCCGGGAGCUCAAUAUUUAUUGCCACUUAGAUCACAGCUUCAUGACAGCGAGCAUACCGGCUCACAGACUGUUUGUGCACGUGCGCCGCCUUGUGGCAAAGGGAUAUAAGGUAGGAGUUGUGAAGCAGACUGAAACAGCAGCGCUGAAGGCCAUUGGGGACAACAAAAGUUCACUAUUUGCCCGGAAAUUGACUGCUCUUUAUACAAAAUCUACACUUAUUGGAGAAGAUGUGAGCCCUUUGGCCCAGCUGGGUGACGCUCUCCAUGCCGACGAGACGGUGACUGACGCCUCCAGUGGCUGUCUUCUGUGCAUCUGUGAAAACAUUAAGGACAAAAAAAAGGGGAACGUUUUUGUUGGAGUUGUGGGAGUGCAGCCUGCCACGGGAGCGGUUGUGUUUGAUAGUUUCCAGGACUCUGGUGCCCGUUCAGAGCUGGAAACUCGGAUGCUGUGCCUGCAGCCGGUGGAGCUGCUGCUUCCAUCACAUUUGUCAGAGCAGACGGAGUCGCUCAUCCACAGGGUCACAGCUGCCAGUGUGCGGGAUGACAGAAUUCGAGUAGAAAGGAUGGAUGCCAUGUAUUUUGAAUACAGCCAUGCUUUCCAGGUGGUCACAGAAUUUUAUGCAAAAGAUGUGGUUGACAUCAAAGGUUCCCAAAGUUUUUCUGACAUCAUUAACUUGGAGAAGCCUGUGAUUUGCUCUUUGGCUGCUAUAAUAAGAUACCUCAAAGACUUUAACUUGGCAAAGGUGCUUUCCAAACCCAAGAAUUUUAAACAGUUGUCAAGUGAAAUGGAAUUUAUGACAAUUAACGGAACAACAUUAAGGAAUCUUGAAAUACUACAGAAUCAGACUGAUAUGAAAACCAAAGGAAGUUUAUUUUGGGUUUUAGACCAUACUAAAACUUCAUUUGGGAGACGGAAGUUAAAGAAGUGGGUGACUCAACCACUCCUUAAAUUAAGAUCAGAAGACAAAAAUGCCUAUAGGAAGGUCUCUGUGGUUGAAUGUGACUUGCAACCAGCUGGCCCAUUUAUUGGGAGAACUCGUAUAGUAAAAACGUAUUUCUAUUUUCAGUGUUCUACCAAAGAAUUCUUCUUGAUUGUCAAAACCCUUUAUCACCUGAAGUCAGAAUUUCAAGCAUUAAUACCUGCUGUUAAUUCCCACGUUCAGUCAGACCUGCUCCAGACACUUAUUUUAGAAAUUCCUGAGCUCCUCAGUCCAGUGGAGCGUUACCUAAAGGUCCUUAAUGAGCAAGCAGCCCAAAUUGGGGAUAAAACUGAAUUAUUCAAAGAACUUUCUGAUUUCCCUCUAAUAAGAAAGAGGAAGGAUGAAAUUCAAGGAGUGACGGACAAGAUCCAAAUGCAUUUGCAAGACAUAAGAAAACUACUGAAAAAUCCCUCCGCACAGUAUGUGACAGUAUCAGGACAGGAGUUUAUGAUUGAAAUAAAGAACUCUGCUGUAUCUUGUAUACCAUCUGAUUGGAUUAAAGUUGGAAGCACAAAAGCUGUGAGCCGCUUCCACUCUCCUUUCAUUGUAGAAAGUUACAGACAUCUGAGUCAGCUCCGGGAGCAGCUGGUCCUGGACUGCAGUGCUGAAUGGCUGGAUUUUCUAGAGAAUUUCAAUGAACAUUAUCACUCCCUGUGCAAAGCAGUACAUCACCUAGCAACUGUUGACUGCGUUUUCUCCCUGGCCAAGGUCACUAAGCAAGGCGAUUACUGCAGACCAACUGUGCUAGAAGAAAGGAAAAUCAUCAUAAAAAAUGGCCGGCACCCUGUGAUUGACGUGUUGCUGGGCGAACAGGAUCAGUAUGUUCCCAACAGUACAAGUUUAUCAGGAGACUCAGAGAGAGUGAUGAUAAUCACUGGACCAAACAUGGGUGGAAAGAGCUCCUACAUAAAACAAGUUGCACUGAUUACAAUCAUGGCUCAGAUGGGCUCCUAUGUUCCUGCAGAGGAAGCGACCAUUGGAAUUGUGGAUGGCAUUUUCACGAGGAUGGGUGCUGCAGAUAAUAUAUAUAAAGGACGGAGUACUUUUAUGGAAGAACUGACUGACAUGGCAGAAAUAAUGAGAAAAGCCACGUCACAAUCCUUGGUUAUUGUGGAUGAACUGGGAAGAGGGACGAGCACCCAUGAUGGGAUUGCCAUUGCUUAUGCUACACUUGAGCAUUUUAUUAGAGAUGUGCGAUCCUUAACCCUGUUUGUCACCCAUUAUCCGCCAGUGUGUGAAUUAGAGAAACGUUACUCCCAGCAGGCGGGGAACCACCACAUGGGCUUCUUGGUCGGGGAGGGUGAGCGCGGACCCGAGCCAGGUGAGGAAGCCCCUGGUUCUGUCACUUUUCUUUAUCAGAUCACCAGAGGAAUGGCAGCGAGGAGUUACGGACUGAAUGUGGCUAAGCUGGCAGACGUUCCUGGAGAAAUUUUAAAGCAAGCAGCCAGCAAGUCAGAAGAGCUGGAAGGAUUAGUAAAUAUGAAGAGGAAAAGGCUAAAGUGUUUUACAAAAUUCUGGACAAUAAAGGAUGCCAAAGACCUGCGGACGUGGGCAGAUGAGUUUGAAGUGGAAGGCAUGGCAGACUCCUGAUUAAAGUGAAGACUACGUUUCAAAUGAAAACUAGAGAAUUGA